AGGCUCAGCGGCCAUGGCUCACGGGCCCACCCGCUCCGCGGCACGUGGGAUCCUCCCAGACCAGGGCACGAACCCGCGUCCCCUGCAUCGGCAGGCGGACUCCCAACCACUGCGCCACCAGGGAAGCCCUAUUUGGUCCCUUUUGUUACUUGCUUUGAAACUAAAAUGUUUUUUUCCAACUUCAUUUAAAGAGUAUUGUGAUGAGAUGUUGGUAGCUUACUAAGACACAGUGCUGAAGAAAUGCUAGAAGUUGCAAGGAGAUAUGAGUGCAGAGUGAAUGGUGACCGGGCACCCGGGACCUGCUGGGGCAGAGAGCGAACCUAUCUGGGAAGAAUGAGAAAACCAAAGGGCUCUGCAGAGGGAGGGGGAGGACACCACAAACUAACUGCAGCUCUGCUUCCUACCCAUAAGGAGAGCUCUGAGGACAGGUAUACAUGAAUAUCGCAACUCUGAAUUUCAUAAUAAAGGGGAAAAGUGAGAAAUUUUUCAAGUUUAAGAUUACAACUUGGGCUGACUGAGGCCGAUCACAUCUGUAUAUGAGGCAUGUACAGAUGUUGAUACGGAGUUUGAGUCACUAAGUCAGGAUGAUGAAUUGUGUUCUCCGUACUUAAGAUGUUGAAAAGUUUUCUAUGGGAAGGGUUAAAAUCUGCCAUUUAAACUUAAUAUUGAUUGUUCCAAGAACUUACACAGAAUAACUAGUUUCUCUCAUGUUUGGGGCAUUACUAAACAAGGAGUCUGCACUGAUACUACCAAUUACCGUUUCUUUCAUGAGGACUUUCUGGCCACAAGGCAGGGCAUGCGGGAUCUUCCCGUUGACGGGCCCCCUGCAGUGGAAGCUCAGAGUCUUAACCACUGGACCACCAGGGAAGUCCCUCAUGAGAACUCUCAAAGGAGGCUGGGAGCGAGUGGCAUAGACAGAAAUUGGGAAUGUGAAUAUACUCUACUCUUAAUACACUCUCCCUUAAAUAUUUGUUAUAGAUGUUCCUGCAGACUCAUACCGUGUUUCAGUAUGGUUUUUUAAAUAGACUCAAAAAAAUGUUUAAAGUGUGGUUCUGAUCAUGUUAGACCUCUGUUCAAAAGUAUGCAGUGGUUCCCAUUGUCUGCUAGUUGCUAAUAAUAAUACUGGCCAGUCUACAUUGAGAAUUUGCUCUGUUAGGCACUACUGUAAGCUUUUGACAUUUAUGAGUUCACUGAGUUUUUACAACAACCUAUACAGAUGCUUUUAUUAUUUACAUUUUACAAACAAGUCAUAAAGAUUUUAAAUAAAUUGUCCAGGGCACAUAGCUGGCAAGUAGCAAAUAUAAUAUGAACUCAGUAGUCUACUGUCGAAGUCCUUACUUACCCUUGUCUACAAAAAACAAACCAACUAACCAGUUUUCCUAAAUUAGGAUUGAAGAUUCUGAUCCCAGUCUGCCUUUCCAGCCUUAGUAUUGAUGGAUGACCAGGAGACACAAAGGCCAUCCUGCCUACUGGCUUCUAUGUUCUUCUGAUUUCAUCCAGUCCUUUGCUAACUGUGUGAGUUUGCUCGUUCGGAGCACCAUAACAUGGUGUGGGAAGUGAAGACAAAUCAGGUGCCUAAUGCAGUACAGAAACUCCUGCUAGUAAUGGACAAGAGAGCUUCAGGAAUGAAUGACUCAUUGGAGUUGCUGCAGUGUAAUGAAAAUUUGCCAUCCUCACCUGGAUACAACUCUUGUGAUGAGCACAUGGAGCUUGAUGAUCUUCCUGAACUUCAGGCUGUUCAGAGUGAUCCUACUCAAUCUGCCAUAUACCAGCUAAGUUCAGAUGUGUCACAUCAAGAAUAUCCAAGACCAUCUUGGAACCAAAAUACCUCAGAAAUAUCAGAAAACACUUACCGUGAAAAUGAGGUGGAUUGGCUAACAGAAUUAGCAAAUAUCGCCACCAGUCCACAAAGUCCACUUAUGCAGUGCUCAUUUUACAACAGAUCAUCUCCUGUACACAUCAUAGCUACUAGCAAAAGUUUACAUUCCUAUGCGCGCCCUCCACCGGUGUCCUCUUCUAAGGGUGGGCCAGCCUUCGCUCAUCACCACUGGAAGGAGCAAACACCAGUCAGACAUGAAAGGGCAAGCAGUGAGUCAGAAUCUGGUAUUUUCUGCAUGUCCUCCCUCUCGGAUGAUGACGACUUGGGGUGGUGCAAUUCCUGGCCUUCGACUGCUUGGCACUGUUUUUUGAAAGGCACACGACUGUGUUUUCAUAAGGGAAGCAAUAAGGAAUGGCAGGAUGUGGAAGAUUUUGCUAGAACUGAAGGCUGCGAUAAUGAGGAAGAUCUCCAGAUGGGCACUCACAAGGGCUAUGGUUCUGAUGGUCUAAAGUUGUUAUCACAUGAAGAAAGUAUAUCAUUUGGCGAGUCUGUACUGAAGUUGACUUUUGAUCCUGGUACAGUCGAAGAUGGUUUACUUACUGUAGAGUGUAAACUGGACCACCCUUUCUAUGUUAAAAAUAAAGGUUGGUCAUCAUUUUAUCCAAGCUUGACUGUGGUACAGCAUGGCAUUCCAUGUUGUGAAAUUCAUGUUGGUGAUGUAUGUCUACCUCCUGGACACCCCGAUGCCAUUAAUUUUGAUGAUUCAGGUGUUUUUGAUACAUUUAAAAGCUAUGACUUCACGCCUAUGGAUUCCUCUGCAGUCUAUGUGUUAAGUAGUAUGGCUCGUCAGCGUCGUGCAUCUUUGUCUUGUGGAGGACCUGGAGGUCAAGACUUUGAAAGAUCUGGAUUCAGUAAAAACUGUGGCUCCCCGGGAUCCUCACAGCUCUCUUCCAAUUCCUUGUAUGCUAAAGCUGUCAAAACCCACAGCUCAGGGACUGUGAGUGCCACUUCUCCUAACAAGUGCAAAAGACCAAUGAAUGCCUUCAUGCUUUUUGCCAAAAAAUACAGAGUUGAAUAUACUCAGAUGUAUCCAGGGAAAGAUAACAGAGCCAUAAGUGUGAUCCUUGGUGACAGGUGGAAGAAAAUGAAGAAUGAAGAGAGGAGAAUGUAUACAUUAGAAGCAAAGGCUUUGGCUGAAGAACAAAAACGUUUAAAUCCUGACUGUUGGAAAAGGAAAAGAACCAAUUCAGGCUCACAACAACAUUAAACCAGGAUGCUUAUGUUCUUAAGUCUGUAUUUGCAUAAACAUUGACUGUUGAUGGAAAGACUUAAGAAGAUCAAGGUCUCACCUUUUGUCCUGAAUCUGUGUGACCGUAAGAUACUGAUAGCAUUGAGUCUUGAAAUGAUUGAUUUAAUAAUAUGAGUGAGGAUUUGCUUUCUCCAUUAGAGCAUUAAGUAAGCUAAAACUAUCAACAUUGUAAACCAAAUUGCCUUAUUUUCUUCCAAACUUCAUAUAUGUCUAUCAGGUAAUAUAGGCUUGAAAAUUGAUAUCCUGUGGUGCUAAAGUACAGUAGAAAGAGAGGAGAAGUGUAUACAUGUUUUAUUUUAAAUUGUACAAAGGGGGAAUUUAAAAAUAUGUAACUGCUGUUUAUACAUUGGCUCCUUACUGCUUAUUAAUCUGUAUUGUAUACAUAAUGGAGUGAAGCAGAAGCCGGGAGUUGGCCUUUCCCUGAGCAACCACCAUAUGGCUCAGCAUCUGUGCCAAACACGGGGGCUCCUAGUCUGGCCAGUGCCAAGAGGUUGCCGGAACAGGGGGCAGGUGGAUGGUGUCAGUGUCACAGCCUGAGAGCCACCUGCCACGGCUCCCGGAGCAUGCUGAGUGGACGCGCCAGGUGGCAGCACCCACCCCUUGCUCGAUGGAGACAGCCCAGGCCAAGGUAAAGUUAGUGAAUAGCAUUGGGGUAUAGUCACUGUAAUGGUGCUGUUAACGGUUGACACCAUUGUAUUUUUAACUUUUGUGUCCUGUAUCUCCUCAGCCACAUAUCUUAAUAUCGUAUUUGUCAUCGUAUCUCUAUGGUGGGGGCAGACUUUGCACUUAUGCAGUGCAACACGUGCACUUUACUUUCCUCCAAACUGUCUACAGUGAGAGCAAACACAAUGGCAAUACAGCUGCUUAUGCUCUGAGCUACAAUCAUGGCUUUUCAUGUUACUUACCCAGUGGUGUUUCUGGUUAGGAAUCACAGCUGUAAAAUUGAAUUUCAGUUCAUUACACUUCUUCAUGAUGUUGCCCCUAAAUUUUGCACACUAUAUUCUUGUAUAUUAUUUCAAAUAAAAUGAAAAAAUUGUUUAUCUCUGA